AUUGGGCUGCGUAUAAAGGGACGCUAAAACGUUUCCUGUGUGGAGAAGUUAAGUUAUUUUUUGAGUUUUCUCAAGGAAUUAUAUUAAUUUCAAGGAUUAUUCGUGAAGAUCAUUUAAGAUAAAAUGGAUAUUCGACCAAAUCACACGAUUUACAUAAAUAAUCUCAAUGAGAAGGUGAAAAAGGAGGAGCUGAAAAAAUCCCUGUACGCAAUAUUUUCUCAAUUUGGACAAAUCCUGGAUAUUGUGGCAAUGACAACACUGAAGAUGCGAGGGCAGGCUUUUGUGAUCUUCAAGGAGAUUGCAAGUGCAACGAAUGCAUUGAGAACAAUGCAGGGAUUUCCAUUCUAUGACAAACCCAUGAGGAUUCAGUAUUCCAAGACAGACAGUGAUUUGGUGGCAAAGAUGAAGGGAACAUUCAAGGAACGCCCGAAGAAGGUGAAGCCACCGAAAUCAGCAACGUCGGAGGAUAAGAAGGCAAAGAAAGCUAAGAAUGCUAAUAAUACCGAUUCUGCGGGAACGAAUGCCUCAAGUACAGCUGAGCAGCCACCUAAUCAAAUUCUCUUCCUCACCAAUCUUCCGGAAGAGACCAAUGAGAUGAUGCUCUCAAUGUUGUUCAAUCAAUUUCCUGGCUUCAAGGAAGUUCGAUUGGUACCCAAUAGACACGACAUUGCCUUCGUGGAGUUUGCCAGUGAGUUGCAGAGUAGUGCGGCCAAGGAAGCACUUCAGGGCUUCAAGAUAACACCCACGCAUGCAAUGAAGAUCUCUUUUGCAAAGAAAUAAGCUUAAUUUGUCUCCAAAAUGUAUGUCAAAUAAACCAUGCAAAAGCAUUGCACAUCGCUUUCA